AGAGUAGGAUCCAGCCUCGUAAUUCGAGCCUAUCAGAACAAGGAAAUACCCUCGAUUUGUGAAGCUACGUGGCGAUUUGACGUACCUUACUCAACUCUCCAAUAUCGAUUCAACGGCAAAUCCUGCCGACGAGAUACGCGCGCUAACAAUCAUAAAUUGACUUCCAACGAAGACCAACCGCUUCUACAAUCAAGCCAAGAUUCUCUUGAGAAGGAGGGCCGUAUAGUACUUGCUGUACAGGCUAUUCAAAAAGAAGAGAUCAGGUCUAUACGCGAGACAGCACGUCGCUUUAAUGUGUCUGAAGCUACACUUCGCCGUCGUCUUCGUGGUAUCACAAAUCGC